GCGCCUGGGAGAAGCGGCGCGUGCGACGGGUUCCCGGGAGCUGGGUCUCGGUCGCAGUCACUAUGGUGUCACGCGUGCAGCUCCCGCCCGAGAUCCAGCUGGCGCAGCGCCUGGCAGGGAACGAGCAGGUGACCCGGGACAGGGCGGUGAGGAAGCUCCGGAAGUACAUCGUCGCCAGGACCCAGCGGCCGGCAGGUGGCUUCACUCAUGACGAGCUGCUGAAGGUAUGGAAAGGCCUGUUCUACUGCAUGUGGAUGCAGGAUAAGCCCCUGGUUCAGGAAGAACUAGGAAGGACUAUUUCCCAGCUCAUCCAUGCUUUUCAGACCACAGAGGCACUAAACACAGACGCAUCCAGUACUAAACCAGACGACCCAUGCUUCGCUGUUGGAGAAACUAACGGGAGAUAUGACGUGCCCUGUUUCCCAAGACUGAAGUGUCCACAGGAGCACUUGUUUCUUCAGACCUUCUGGCAAACCAUGAACCGCGAGUGGGCAGGCAUAGACAGACUGCGCCUGGAUAAGUUCUACAUGCUCAUGCGGAUGGUUCUGAACGAGUCCUUGAAGGCUGUGCAAAUGCGAGGAUGGGAAGCAAGACAGAUCGAACAGCUGCUGAAGCUGCUGACAGCUGAGAUUCUGCACCCCAACAGCCAGGCCCCCAAUGGAGUGAAGAGCCACUUCAUUGAGAUCUUCCUGGAGGAGCUGACCAAAGUGGGCGCCGCGGAGCUCACGGCAGACCAGAACCUCAGGAUUAUCGAUCCCUUCUGCAGAAUUGCUGCACAGACUAAGGAUUCCCUGGUUUUGCAUAACAUCGUUCGAAGCAUCUUCGACGCGAUUGUGGAGCAGGCUCCGUUUGCCAUUGAAGACCUAAUGAAUGAGCUGGACGCACAAGGGGAAGAGGUGGAGAUGUCAGUGGGUGAUGACGAUGAUGAGGUGUUAGACAGUGAUGACGAGUCCUUGGAGGGAGGUGAAGUGGAACAAGACCUGCCGUCCAAGAAGCCGCCCAAAGGCUCCAUCUGUAGGACUGAGCCGAAGCUGGGUGAGCGGCAGGAAGAAGAUGACGGGGAUGGCACCAGCCUUGUUCUCCAGUUUGACUAUGCGGCGGUUGCUAAUAGACUAUUCAAAAUGGCCAGUCAACAGAACACCCCUUCUCAGAACAGGAAGCGUCUCUACAAAGUGAUCCGGAAGUUGCAGGACCUGGCUGAAGGCACCUUCCCUGAGGACGAUGUUCCAGAAAAGGUUUAUGGAAAUCUGCUCCAAGGGAGGCAGGAGAGAAAGAAGAAGCGGCGUUCAUCUAAGUCACGGUUGCAAAGCAAGAAAGGAAAAGGUGAAGAGGAGGACACAAAGCCAGACCCGAGCUCCAGAAAGAAGAGCAAGAGGAAGUGGACCAGGAAGAGGGGCCUGGGGGCUGACUCCGCAGAACCAGCUGACUCCAGUGGGCAGCUGGGCAAGGGCCAUGGCCAGAAAGGGGCUCGCUGGGGGAGGAAGAAGCAUCCACAGCUGUCUCGUGCCACAGCAAAGCCAAAGAAACAGAAAGGGACUCUGGAGAGCAGGAGGUGACACAGCGGGCCCAGGGCAGGCAGCGAGUUGGCACUCUCCCGAGCUACAUAAGGGGACUGCAGCUGGGCUUUCCCACAGCCCUACCUGUGCUGUGACAGACAGGUGAAGUUCCAACUGAGGACUGCCUGUCUUCCUUCCAUCGAGGCUGGGCCCCAGCUGAGGGCCGCCACCUGCCUGUGGCAUCUGUGGAAUAAAUGCGAUCCUUCCCAAA